CUAACGAAGCGUGAGGGCACAGUCGAACGCGAGAGACAAAAGGAAUAAAUUAAUCGUGACAUUAGGGAUUCAUUUGCGAACGCAAACCGGUGGUUGUCACGUUGAACUGCUGACGUUGGAGUUCCGAUCGUGAAAACAAUGCGUAUUGGUUAGAAAUCCGUCGAGGCACAGCUGCACAGAUUGAGUUGUUUUAAUUUGACAGAAAACACACGGUCCCACUGACGGUAGCCAGACACAAUAAUGCAUACAGUUCUAACACGUGGAAACGCUAUUUUAGCAUACACGCUAAGCGUGUCGGCCUGCCUCACUUUCUGUUGUUUCCUCUCGACAGUGUUCAUCGAUUACAGAGCGAACACGACGUUGAACACAGUUAAAGUUGUUGUAAAAAAUGUGCCAGAUUACAGUGCGUCUAGGGAAAAGAACGAUCUGGGCUACCUGACGUUCGACUUACAAACUGAUCUCACUCCGUUAUUUAACUGGAAUGUUAAGCAAUUGUUCCUGUAUCUCACUGCAGAGUAUCAGACAGAAAACAACAAGUUUAAUCAGGUAGUGCUAUGGGAUAAGAUAGUGCUUCGUGGCGACAACGCCGUGCUCGAUUUCAAGAACAUGAACACAAAGUAUUACUUUUGGGAUGAUGGCAAAGGCCUCAGGGGAAACAAGAACGUAACAUUGACGUUAUCUUGGAACAUCGUACCGAACGCUGGACUACUACCCAGUGUCAACGCCCUCGGCUCCCAUACUUUCGCAUUUCCAUCCGAGUACACAACGUUACGUGUAUAACGAACAUUAAAUGUACAUUAAAAUGUUACAUUCAAAUGUACAAGCGUUACGAUUGUGUAUGUGAUUUUCUAAGAUCUUUUAUUUAAGCUGCAUAAAAUUCGUCAUGUACAAUAAACGUUUAUUUCUGCACA